AUGUCUUCCAGAUGUUUAGCUAGUUUCCAUAGAAGCACCAUAAUGAAACUUCAUGUUUCAUCAAACAGUUUCUUACAAUUACUGAAGGCUGGUGAUUUAAGUCAGCGCAUGAUGCAUGGCAUUAAUUUGCCACUAAAUGUAUUCAGUCAAAAGUCACAAACCUUCAGAUUAGCUUUUGAUAAGCAAAUUAAUACCAGUAGCAGUCUUGAGGCAGGUCACAGUAAGUGGCAGAAUAUCAAGCAUAUCAAAGCAGCAGUGGACAGAGAAAGGGGAGAGAAGAGUAACUUGCUGGCCCAUAGAAUACAGUUAGUCUUAGAGAGGAAUCCAGACACAGAUCCAAAGCAAAAUACAGAGCUGGCUAACCUGAUUAAGUGGGCACGUUCAAAUAACUUGACCAACGAUGUUAUAAAUAAUACAAUAGACAGACAGAUGAAGAGACGAGAUCCAAGUAGUAUCACAUUUUUUGCUGGACGUGGUCCAUCUAACACAGGCAUAAUUAUUGAGUGCUUUUCUCCUAAGCCACUGCACACCAAAGGAAUUUUGCAGAGUUAUGUGAAGAAACAUGGAUUUAGUCUGCACACACCAGCAGAUGAUCUUUUUGAGCACAAAGGUGUGGUUGAGGUGGACCUUUCAGAGGAAGAAUUGGUUGCUGCGAAUGCUGAUCCCGACAAUUUUCCUUUAGACAAAUAUGUUGAAGUGGCGAUAGUCGUCGGAGCAGAAGAUGUUAAGCUUGAACAUGAUGGUGAAAAGCCAUAUAUACAGUUUCUUUGUGGACCUUUUGACAUUUCCAAAGUUAGCAGAAACCUCAACGAUGCAGGCUUUAAUGUUACAAGAAGUGAGAGAACCUGUAUACCAACAGUUACAGUAACUGUAACACAAGAGUUUAUUGAAAAUGUGAACAAAUUGGCAGAAAAGUUAGAUGGAAAUUCUGAUGUCAUCAAAUAUCAUUUUAAUGUAGUACCAGAGAGCUGA